GCUCGGCCCCCGCCUGCCCGCGGGGGGCGGCUCCGGGCGGCGGGCGGACUGAGGCGCGGCAGCCUCCCCGCGGGUCGGGUCGGGCCGGGCCGGGCCGGGCGGCGGCAGGAUGGGGCUGGAGCUGUACCUGGACCUGCUCUCGCAGCCCUGCCGCUCCAUCUACAUCUUCGCCCGCAGCAACAACAUCCCCUUCGAGUUCAAGCACGUGGAGCUCUUCAAAGACUCGGUGCUGGGGAAGAAGCAGGCGGCGGGGAGCGGCGCGGAGCAGCCCCGCGCAGGGCCAUCAAAUAGCGAAGGGGCCGGCAAAAUCAGCCUCUUGAAGAAAGUACCAGCACUAAAGGACGGAGACUUCACCCUAGCAGAAUGCACUGCCAUUCUGCUGUAUCUGAGUCGAAAGUACAACACUCCCGACCACUGGUACCCAUCAGACAUACAAAAACGAGCCCGAGUAGAUGAAUACCUCUCAUGGCAUCACGCUAACAUCCGGGCUAAUGCUCCUAAGACCAUGUGGAUCAAGGUGCUGAUUCCCCUCUUCACAGGGCAGCCACUGCCAUCGGAGAAGCUCCAGGAGGUUAUGGAGGGGCUGUCCACUUCCCUGAAGCAAUUUGAGGAGAGGUUUCUGCAGGACAAGGCUUUUAUCAUUGGGAGCGAGAUCUCUCUGGCAGAUCUUGUGGCCAUUGUGGAGCUGAUGCAACCUGUUGGAGUCGGUUGUGACAUCUUUGAAGACAGACCAAGGCUGAUGGAGUGGCGCAGGCGGGUGGAGGAUGCUGUGGGAAAAGAGCUUUUCUUCCAAGCCCAUGAGAUGAUCCUUAAUAUCAAAGAACUGAGCAACAUUCAAAUUGAUCCACAGCUGAAAGAGCAUCUGGCACCUGUGUUGAUGAAGAUGAUGAAAUGAAUUAACCUAUCUUACCAUUUUUCCUGCCCAUUUUUUUUAACUUCUUCUCUGACAUCCAGUUCUACAUGUAACUGGAAAGAGCACUGUAAUUUUAACACAGAAAUCGCAGAGUGUUUCACCCCACACCAGGCCUUUCCUGUAUCUUUGGGGGUGAAAGCUGGGGAAGGUUUAAGACUUGAAACACUAAAUUUAUAAAAAAGGCUGAGGCCCUACAGGGUCACUUAACAUGUGCAUCUGGCUUUUAUUUCAGUGUCAGUCUUCUCAGAGAUGGUAGUGACACGAACGGUAUUUCCUGACAAAAUUUGAGCCAGCCUGCAAACUGGGAAUAUUAGAGAACUGUAUAGGAUGUGCGUUGUUUUCAUGUGUUUUUAAUGUUUGCAGCUCCUUCGCAAGUGGCAAGCUCUGCAAAGUGUGCCUGAUCCUCACCUUCCCAGCACAUGUCUGCACAGACAAGUAAAGCACAAAACUACAGGCAGCCAUAAAAAUGAAAAAAGUCCUUGAUUUUUUUUAUUUAAGUUUCUUAGUGCUGAGGCAUCUUGCUUGGCUGACCAUGUACAUUCCACACUUCUUCUAUGUCCCUUUAAGGUUCCUGUGAGAAGUUUCUUCAUAUUAAUCUACAACCAUGAAUCUUCGUAAUUCUUCAGUUUAAUCGCUACUCUUCAUCUCUGCAAGCCUGGGUUUCGCUGGUGCUCGGUCUGCCAGUACAUGUGUCAGGGGCUGUUGUUGGAGAUUGGUGCAGUAAAGACCAAGCAACUUCAGAAAGCUGAAGGUGGUCACAACCUUCAAAUAACUGCCUACCUAACGUACUCUGUUGAUAUUAUAUAGGGAAUACACUGAAAGAAUGCAUUCACAGUGAUUUCUUGAAAUAUGAAUGACAGCAAUCAAAUUGGUUUUUUCUGUGGUAGUACUGUAAUAGCAAUCCACGUUUCUCCUAGAAAACGCAGAGGGGGAAUAAAUCUAGACAUGCUCUUCUGAGACUGUUGUGGAUGGAAGUUCACCAAGUAAGUCAUCCUGUGCAGCUGAAGUAAUAAGAGAGAUUUUGUGGCAUUGAGCAACAUAUGCAUCACAAUAAAAGGGCAGAGAGUUGUUUUGGA